AUGGCCCACCGCAUUCGUCUCCCUCCUCCUCUCCUCUACCCGAGCACGACCUCGACCCCGCUUGCCCUGGUCGCCCAGACGCCCUUCAAACCCGAUGCGGGCCCCAACCCCCCCUACGUCCUCCAGACCGUCCCCUUCUCGCAAGGCUACCUCUUCUUCGGCUCCGACGACACCGUCCGCGCCUUCUCCCCCUCCUUGCAGCCUCUCGCACAGCUGAACACGACCCAGCGAGGGAUCACGAGCAUUGUUGCGGGUGCGAAAGGGAGCAAUGCGGUCUUUAUCACAGCGAAAGAUGGAUCGGUGUCGGCAUGGGACACGAGGGACUUGUCGAAGGAGGCGUUCAAGCUUCAGGGGAAGACACGGGCGGCGUAUCUCUGCGCGUCGCAAAGCAGCGAUCACUCGGCGCUCGCGGUCGGAACGGAGUUGCAUCAGUACGAGGCGAUGAUCGACAUCUGGGACCUGCGGACGAUGAAGCUGCAACAUACGUACACCGAGGCGCACUCGGACGACAUCACCGCCGUCGCUUUCCACCCUUCUCCUUCGCUCUCUCAUGCCCUCCUCUCUGCAUCCGUCGACGGGCUCAUCAACACGUACGACGUGCGGAUAGCGGACGAGGACGAUGCUGUUCAGAGCACGUCGCAGGUCGGCGCAAGUCUGGCGCAUGCGGGCUGGAUGGCAUUGGCGGGACAAGAGGCGAGUCAGGACUUGAAGGGCGUAUUCGGAGCUACGACGAUAGAGACUCUGCAGUAUUGGGAUAUCGAGCAGCAAGAGCAGCUCGUCGACUUUGGCGACGUUCGGGACGUCGCGCUUCAGCCAUGGCGGACGGACUACAUGAUCGGUGCACACUACAACGAAGCGCUCGGCGGAGUGUGUUUGCUGGCGGGAACGAUCGCUGGCGACGUCGCCGUCAUCAACGCGCGGGACAAGGAGUCGUGGUACCUUGAGCAGGUCUUGUCGGGCAAGACGAGCCGGCGGAAUUAUGGCUGCAAGGGGCACCGGGACAUCGUCCGAGCAGCGCAUCUGGACGCAGCGACUUCGACAGUCGUAACUGGCGGAGAAGACGGGCAGAUCUGUCUUUGGCAGGUUUGA